AUGAUGCGUGGUUUUAAACAGAAAUUGAUUAAGAAGACAUCAAGUUCAAGUUCUUCGAAGAAGAAAGAGAAAGAAAAAGAGAAAGAAAAAGAAAAGAAAAGAUCGGUUAGUGGUAGUUCGUCAACAAAUGGUUCAACUACACCGACUUCAGAUUCAAGUAAAAAAUCAGCAAGUUCUUCAAUUAAAAAUAAUGGCAGCAAUAAUUCAAGUGGUUCCAUUACAUCAUCAACAACAACGACAACAGAUUCUCAAAAGCAAUCAGUAACAAAUUCAAACUCAUCGUCUCAUAAACAUCAUACAUCUUCGAAACAAACUUCAUCUACAGAUGGUUCAAAACAAAAAAAUUCAAGGAAAGUUUCUUCUUCUUCCAAUAAGAAAAAAUCAAGUACUUCAAAUUCUAAUCCAAGUGUCACUGUAACAACGACAAAUAAUGCUAAGGAUAUUGGUUCCGAACAACAAGUAGUUACACCCACAACAGCAGCUCAUCCUACAUUUAUUGGUGCUGCUACUGCUGCUGCUGCUACGAGCGCAACUACUGCCAUAGCAAUAGGAGGGGGAGGAGCAAAUUCAUCUCCACCAUCUAACAAUAUCUCUCAAGGCGGAUCACCUUCAUCUCCAAGUAUUGAUAUUCCAAGAUCUUCCCAUUCAUUUGAGAAACUACCAACUCCAGCAAAAUUUGUCUCGGAUGCAGACGUAGAUUUAAUUAGAACUCCACAACGUCAUUCAUCAUCAAGAUUCGAACCAUCAAGAUAUACACAAAUUUCAAAAUUACCAUCAUUUGAUGAAGUAGCUCCAGAAGAAAAAAUUCCUUUGUUUAUAGCUAAAUUAGAUCAAUGUAAUAUCAUGUUUGAUUUUAAUGAUCCAAGUUUUGAUAUCCAAGGUAAAGAAAUUAAAAGAUUCACAUUACAAGAAUUGAUAGAAUUUAUUGUAACAAAUAGAUUUACCUAUACUAAUGACAUGUAUUUACAUAUGGUGACAAUGUUUAAAGUAAACUUAUUUAGGCCUAUUCCACCACCGGUAAACCCAAUUGGUGAUAUCUAUGACCCUGAUGAAGAUGAACCUGUAAAUGAAUUGGCAUGGCCUCAUAUGCAAUUAGUUUAUGAAUUGUUUUUAAGAUUUGUUGAAUCACCAGAUUUUAAUCAUCAAAUAGCUAAACAAUAUAUCGAUCAAGGUUUUAUCUUAUCAUUAUUAGAAUUAUUUGAUAGUGAAGAUAUUAGAGAACGUGAUUGUUUAAAGACUACUUUGCAUAGAAUUUAUGGUAAAUUUCUUUCUUUAAGAAGUUUUAUUAGAAGAUCCAUUAAUAAUAUUUUUUUACAAUUUAUUUAUGAAACUGAAAGAUUUAAUGGUGUUGCCGAAUUAUUAGAAAUUCUUGGUUCAAUUAUCAAUGGGUUUGCAUUACCAUUAAAGGAAGAACAUAAAGUAUUCCUUGUAAGAGUACUUAUUCCAUUACAUAAAGUACGUUGUUUGUCAUUAUAUCAUCCACAACUUGCUUAUUGUAUAGUUCAAUUCUUAGAAAAAGAACCAUUAUUAACAGAAGAAGUUGUAAUGGGUUUAUUACGUUAUUGGCCAAAGAUUAACUCUACAAAAGAAAUUAUGUUUUUAAAUGAAAUAGAAGAUAUAUUUGAAGUUAUUGAACCAUUAGAAUUUAUUAAAGUUGAGGUUCCAUUAUUCGUUCAACUAGCGAAAUGUAUCUCAUCAUCACAUUUUCAAGUCGCUGAAAAAGUUUUAAGUUACUGGAAUAAUGAAUAUUUCUUAAAUCUUUGUAUUGAAAAUGCAGAAGUAAUCUUACCAAUUAUUUUCCCAGCAUUAUAUGAAUUGACAGCUCAAUUAGAAUUAGAUACAUCAUUAUCACCAUCUGAUAUGGUUGAUCCAAAUGGAGAUCUAAACGAUCCAUAUUUAUUGGUUGAACAAGCGAUAAAUUCAGGUUCUUGGAAUAAAGCAAUUCAUGCAAUGGCAUUCAAAGCUUUAAAGAUAUUCCUUGAGACAAAUCCUGUAUUGUAUGAAAAUUGCAAUGCUUUAUACUUAUCUAGUGUUAAAGAAACUGAAAAACGUAAACAUGAAAGAAAAGAAAAUUGGAAACUUUUGGAAAAAUAUGUAGAAAAUCUCAGGAUAAGUGAAGUUGAUGGGAAACCUAUUCCUGUGACCUCCAGUAAUGAUAAUGACAAUGAUGAUCAAAAAUAUAUAGGUGGCUGA